AUGGUUCAAAUAAUGAUCUCAAUGUAAGUAUCGAAGAAAAUCCUGGUAUGUUAUCGUCUAUGAAGCCUUAAAACUCAACGCCGUCAUGUUUCUUCUUUCAAUAUUCCUUCCAACGAUCUUAGCACGAGAUGUAAGCUAAAAGUAUCAGGUUGUUGUUGUGUUCUUUGUUGAUCAGGGCUCCAGAGGUCGAUAACUGGAUGAUUAUCGAGCUUCAAGGAACACUAGAGACUAAAGAGGACGUCAGUUUGGAAGGAAAGGCCAUUGGCGACUUACAUUUCGACGCAAAGGUCGGUGCAUGGUGACUGGUCGUUUCGCUAAUGCAUCAGUCUAUUAUAACUACGCCCCCAUCUCCCCCCCGGGCUAUUGCGGGGCAUUAGCCCGCCUUUUCAUUCCCGUGGGUGGGGCAUUAGCAAAUUUUGCGAUGCCCGGGGGUCGGGCAUUUGCCAACCCCGGGGCCAGCCCCGAGCUUUUGACACCUGGUUUCCUAUCUAAAGAUUACUACACAGAGGAGUUUACUGGAAAAACGAGCAGAUUGGCUCAUCUGGUUGGGGGGUGGGGUUGGCUGGGUGGAGCUGGAAUUCAAUUGACGAAUACAUAACGUCCCAUUCGCUAACAUCUUAUGUCAUCCCGCUAAGAAACGAAAUGAGUGCUGUGCAUGUAUAUGAAAUUAUGUCAAUAAUAUCAGGAAUUUCUCUUAAAGCUCUUAAAAUGCUUGGACAUAUAGAGAGACUGAUCAUUUGUUACAUCCUGGGUGGCCUGGGAGGGGGGGGAAGUGAGUUGUGUUUAUCUAUAAAACUAAGUGUAUCAAAAAUGUACUCUCUUUAAACCCCACCCCCCUCACAUUUUGACAUGGAAAAAUUCCUCUCACUCUUUGAUAAAAAUCAUCCCCCACCCUCCCCCAAAGAACUUCUUCAUCUCUCCACCCCCAAAAUGAACAAGUAGUCCCUUUUUAUAGCUCACAUGCUAUGAAAACACGCUAACCUCAUUUUGCCGGGUCACUUAGCCUGCCCUUUGGGGUGUUAGAUGUAGCUAAAUGUAAUUUAAACAUGAGAAAAUGCUGACCAGCAAUCUCCACCGCUAAUUGUAUGUGAGGGCGGUCUUAGUCUUUAGCAGGACUUUAGUAACAUUAUUUUACAGUGCUCUUGCAGAAGUAAUUCAUUUUGCUCACGUUACCCUCGUGUGCAGUAGCCUUAGCUGUUUUUACCCCCAGCCUUCCCUCCCCUUUGGAUGUUUGUCUUGAUAAGUAUCUGUGCAUUUCUCCACUGAGAUUCUCAGUGUGACGGUGCAUGGUGGGUGCUGCUCACAGGGUUUUCAUGGUUACCUUCUAGGCUCGCUUGCGGCUCACUUCGGUUUCACCAGGUUCCUUCCCCACGCCCAUCUUUUGUUGAUUGGUUUAAAAGGAGAGAAACUUUCAGUAUGUUAACUUUUCAAUGACAAAUUUUUAAAUGUAAUCUAAAUUUUGAGCUAGUAGCUGAAGCAACAUCUUGCACUAACCUGCUUUCCAUUGAUAUCAUGUUUGUUGACUUAAAAUUUUAAUUUCUUUUGUUUCUUGCCAUUGUUUUUGUAGGGAACACCUAUGCUUAUUAUUGGACACCAUUUACUUGCUGGUAAAGUAGUGGAUCUGGACAAACCCUAUGCUGUGUUACACAAGAAAGCAAAUAUAGCUGAAAACGACAAUGGAAGAAAAGGAGAUACACACUAUGACAUAUGCGCUUUGGUGAAAAAGAAAAUUAUCUUUAAGACCAGACCCAAGCCAAUUGUAUUCAAGUCUGUUCCUAUUUCCAGGUGA